GCGAGCUUGGCCAGCUUCGCCAGCAACUCAAGGAACUCGUAGAAAAGGGUUGGAUCCGGCCGAGUGUUUCUCCUUAUGGUUCACGAGGCCUAUUCGUACCGAAGAAAAAGGAAGGAACACUUCGGAUGUGCAUUGACUAUAGGGGCCUCAAUGCCAUCACCGUCAAGAACGGAGAGCCCCUACCGCGCAUCGAUGACUUGCUAGAUAAAGUGCAAGGGUGUCACUACAAUAAGAUAGAUCUGAAGUCCGAGUACCAUCAAAUUGCAAUCCGGUCCGAGGAUCAACACAAAACCGCAUUUCAGACCAGGUACGGUCUGUAUGAGUUCGUGGCGAUGCCCUUCGGCCUUUCCAAUGCUCCUGGCACCUUUCAGCACGCUAUGAAUCAGAUAUUUCAUGACUACUUGGAUAAGUUUGUGAUCGCGUACCUCAAUGACAUACUUAUUUUUAGUAAGACUGCCGAGGAGCACGUUGCACAUUUGGACAAAGUCCUUAGUCUUCUUCGACAGCACAAGUUCAAGAUCAAUGGUGAGAAGUGUGAGUUUGGUCGCACCCGUGUCUUGUACUUGGGUCAUAAGAUUUCCGCGGAGGGAUUGAAGCCCGAUGACGCGAAGGUGGCCAGCUUUCGUGACUGGCUGCGUCCUCACUCUGUGACUAAGAUGAGGUCUUCCUUAGCGGUGACCGACUACUAUAGCAAUUUUGUGAAGAACCAUAGCAUAAUUGUCGCCCCUUUGACUGACCUGGCCCGCCUUGACACACAAUGGGAGUGGACAGACGGGUGCGAGGUUGCUUUCAGACAUCCGAAGCAUGCUUUGAUGCAUCAUGAGGUCUUGAAACUUCCUGAUCCUGACAAGCCUUUCGUAGUACCUACGGAUGCUAGCCAAUAUGGCAUAGGCGCCGUACUUGCGCAGCAGGAGGGGAAAAAGUUGAGGCCGGCAGAGUACAUGUCCGAAAAGAUGCCCUCUCAGAAGUUGGUCAAGUCCACCUAUGAGAAGGAACUCUAUGCGAUCUUCAAGGCGCUCACCCAUUGGGGACACUAUCUCCUUGGGAGUCCUCAGUCUGUGACUGAGAUGAGGUCUUUCUUAGGGGUGACCGGCUACUAUAGCAAUUUUGUGAAGAACCAUAGCAUAGUUGUCGCCCCUUUGACUGACCUGGCCCGCCUUGACACACAAUGGGAGUGGACAGACAGGUGCGAGGUUGCUUUCAGACAUCUGAAGCAUGCGUUGAUGCAUCAUGAGGUCUUGAAACUUCCUGAUCCUGACAAGCCUUUUGUAGUAACUACGGAUGCUAGCCAAUAUGGCAUAGGCGUCGUACUUGCGCAGCAGGAGGGGAAAAAGUUGAGGCCGGCAGAGUACAUGUCAAAAAAGAUGCCCUCUCAGAAGUUGGUUAAGUCCACCUAUGAGAAGGAACUCUAUGCGAUCUUCAAGGCGCUCACCCAUUGGAGACACGAUCUCCUUGGGAGGUUCUUGUACGUCGGGACUGAUCACCAAACCCUGAAGUGGAUGAGAACCCAGCCUGUGCUCUCUUACGCUCUGAAUCGUUGGAUUGAAGUCAUAGAGCAAUAUGACUUUGAGCCCCAGUACAUCAAGGGCGAGUACAACAAGGUGCUGAUGCGUUGUCACGUAGACCAGAUUUCUCUGGUGCGCUGAUCACUGAGUUUGGGCUUGCGGACGAUGUUACUCAAUCUAUGGUGGAAGCCUAUCGCGAGGACCGGUUUAUGUCUGAGAUCAUACGCUGACUCGAGGCGAAGGACAAACCGACAUCUGCCAAGUUUGAGUUGGUCAACGGACUGCUGUUCCUUGAGAAGGCAGGGAAUAAACGUUUGUGUGUGUCAGAUAGGGAAUCAUUGCGUAGUUCAUUUUUAGGCGAGUGUCAUGAUGUCACGGAACAUU